AAGAACAGAUAAGUCUCAUGCUAAUUUAAAAUUUUGUGCCGGAAAUUUAGUGGCUGCCACUGAAUUGCAUUGCUUCAAUCCAAUCCAACCUGGGAAGAAAAAAUGGCUUCAGCUGCGCUUCAAUUCUGGUAUUGGACAGCUCCUAUAUCCCACCGUUACCCCAAUCAGUUGGCUUCCCUAACCUCCUCACUCAAAUUCGCCACUCCUAUUUCUGCCACCAAUUCCAUUUAUCUUCCCAAACCUCUUUCUGUGCGUUUUGCUCUGACUGAAUCCGACUCGCCCAAAUCGAUUGAACCUGACCCUCAAACUCUUUUACAAGAAAUUGCUGGCAGUUUAGAUCUUCCUCCUGAUUACUUUGCACAGUUUCCCCGCGACCUUCGAUUAGACCUAAACGACGCCGCGUUCGACCUUUCAAACGGGCCUGUUUUAGAUGAGUGUGGCCAAGAGUUGGGAGAGACUUUGCUAAACCUCUCUCGAGCUUGGGAACUUGCUGACACAUCAAUGUCUCACUCUUUAGUGAAAAAGAUUCCUUUGAUUGAGGCCAAGUUGACAGGUUCUGCCAAAUCGGCACUUGGAAAGCGUUUAAUAUCUGCUGGAAGAAGGUUUCAAUCAAUGGGACAGUAUGGCCAAGGUGAACCACAAAAGAUUGCAAAAGCAAUGAUUGCAGCUGGUAGAGCUCUAUCUGCUAGUUCAACAUCAGCAGUGACUGUUGAAGAAACGAAAGAGGAGACGAGGGUGCUGAAAUUUGGAGAGUUGCAGGUUGAAAUAACACCAGACAAGGCCAAUAUCGGGGCUGUAAUUGGAUUUGUUUUUGGGAUUCUUUCGUGGGAAAUUGCUCAGGGAAUUCAAAACAUUCCGGACAGUUCUUUGGAGUAUGCAAACGACAAUGCUUUGCUGCUUGCUAAGUCUUUAAAGGGAGCAUUGCUUGCUCUUUUCUACUUCUCAACGUUCUUGUCUGCAUUUACCUCCGGAGGGCUUGUUCUACUUGGGUUUCAGCUUAAAUCAAAGAAAGGUUGAGCUUUAGGUGCGCCUUCCCUUAGGUGUGCUUGUAAGUGGUGAUAUGCACGGUCUAAGUUUAUGAUCAAAGUAAAGUACCAAACUCAUCACAUGGUUGGAAAACAAUGUACAUAGUAGCAAUACUUUUGUUCAACUUGGCGCUAAGCAUUCAGAUCAGGCUGUUAUUCCUUCCUGCCAAUUUUCUAA